GCUUUGAGGCCGCGCGCCAGCACGCGCAGCUACGGUCGGCACUGCGCUUGCGCCGCCGUUGCCCGUCUCCUGCUGCAGAAAAGUCUCCCCCAGCCGCGGAGAACUCCGGAAAUUCACCCUUCCACCCGGAAAUGUUUGUUGAGGAACAUGGCGCUGUUGUGGCGAGUCCUUAAGGGCCGAUGUGGUGUAACUCAGUGGGUAACAGCAUGCAGCCAAUUGACACCCUUAUUUCUUUCCCAAAGACGGUGGCUCCAGACAUCCUCUGGCAUUUUCCAGUGGUCCCAGAAGAGCCUUUCCCAAGCGGAUGGUGGAUUAGAACAGAUCACUGGAAUAGGCCCACGGCCAAACAGGACAUAUCACACUACAGUUCAACUUCUAAAUUCUAAGGACUCCUCAAAACCCAUUGAAGAGAAGGUUGGUGCCCUCACAAAGAUAAUAGAAGCCAUGGGAUUCACAGGACCGUUAAAAUACAGUAGAUGGAAGAUUAAGAUUGCUGCCCUUCGCAUGUACACUAGCUGUGUGGAGAAAACCGACUUUGAGGAAUUCUUUCUAAGGUGCCAGAUGCCCGAUACAUUCAACUCUUGGUUUCUUAUUACUCUGCUUCAUGUCUGGAUGUGUCUUGUCCGGAUGAAGCAGGAAGGCCGUUCAGGGAGCUACAUGUGUCGUAUCAUAGUUCAUUUUAUGUGGGAGGACGUUGAGCAGCGUGGCAGAGUCAUGGGGGUAAAUUCCUAUAUUCUGAAGAAGAACAUGCUAAUCAUGACAAAUAAUUUCUAUGCAGGAAUCUUGGGAUAUGAUGAGGGCAUCCUGUCAGAUGAUCAUGGGCUGGCUGCUGCUAUCUGGAGGACGUUUUUUAACCAGAAAUGUGAAGAUCCCCGACUAUUGGAGCUCCUGGUAGAGUAUGUGAGGAAGCAGAUGCAGUACCUGGACUCUAUGAGUGGGGAAGAACUACUCUUAACUGGGGAGGUGGCUUGGCGCCCUCUUGUGGAGAAAAAUCCCCAAAGCAUUCUUAAACCCAACUUGCCAACAUACAAUGAUGAAGGCCUUUGAGGGGUGGCCCCUCCAAGUUAUGGAGCAGCUGCCUUUGAGAAGAAGCUUUGAGGAGAAGAACAAGGUACCUGCCGCCACUGGGCCCAGCAGGAAGAGGCCGGAUUAACCAUUGAACAACAUCUGUAAAACACCUGGCCCCUGUUUGUAUUGAUUUCCCUUUUAAUGUGCCCUGAAGUUGGCCUGGGGGGUACUGGGUGGGGCCACUGUGCAGCUGGGUGCUGGGAGACAUGCAAACUGUCCCAAGGAACUCACUGGGGAAGAGCUUUCCCCUCUAAG